GAGAAGCCUCCGGCGAGCCUCCUGGCUGCUUUUGAAAACACCUUUUUUUCUUCUUCGUAAACUUGACGAGCCCCAGAGAUAAGGUGGUCUCGUGCAGCCCGCUGACAGUGUUCCGGUUCCGGCGGCGGGAGAAGAGCGCGGUGAGAAGUUGAGACGUUUCGUGGUUACGGGGACCGGAUGUGGAGCAGUGAAGGUGUUUCCACGCGGGCUCUCUGUUCGCGUGCCCACAACAGACGAGCGGUUAUCCGGUUGGAAAUCACGUAAAAAGCAGUAUCCCGUUCAAACAGCCCAAGCCGGUCCAUCAGACGAUUGCAGAACCACCCGCCAGCGGCGUAGAAGGGAAGCUAAUCUAUGAAGUGUCAGGUUGCACAGCGGCCUUGUUGCAGAGCGGGAGCAGCUACUGGUUGUGCCACAGAUGCCUUUUCCAGGUCAGGGGAGAGCGAUAAGGCUGCCUUGUAGUUUCCAAGAAGCAAGAAGGAGGGGAAAAAACAGGAGCUCGCUGGAUCCACAGGUUUCACAGCUUAGCCCGCAUUCCUCCGUGUGACCUCCUCCCCCAGUUUAAACCUACGCCUUUCAUCACCCGCCUCUGCCCAUCAUGUCUUCUGAGGCCACGCCCAUCCAGGGGUCGCGACCUGUGACCCCACCGCUGGCCUCCGCCGGCUCCCAAGGAUUGUCUCCCAUUACCCUCGGGCCUCCUGGGUCCCUGCGGCCUCCAGCCUGCAGACACCGAGACCGCUCCCCUUCACCUAUGAGAGGAUACCUCAUCCCCAGCCCCCUGCCCACACGCCGGAACAGGACCUGCUCAGCUACGGCGAGGGCGUCCGAGGGUCCCACGUUUACCGGUGUGUGUAAGUGUUUCUCUCGCUCCAAAGGCCACGGCUUCAUCACGCCAUCGGACGGGGGCGCCGACAUCUUUGUCCAUAUCUCAGACAUAGAGGGGGAGUACGUGCCGCUGGCGGGGGACGAGGUCAGCUACAAGCUGUGCUCCAUCCCUCCCAAAUACGAGAAGGUGCAGGCGGUGGAGGUCACCAUCACCCACCUCAAGCCGGGCAGCAAGCACGAGACCUGGGCCGGCGACAUCAUCAGCAGCUGAACGCCGCCGCUGCAAUUCGGGG